AUGUCCCGGAGCGCCUGGUUGCUGCUGCUGGUCGUCGGCCUGUCGAUGGCCAACCGAAACACGGAAGAUCGAUUGAGGGAGAUAGACAGACAGCUGACGGAACUCCAGGGGAAGACUACCGCCCUCGAGGAGAAUAAGGCCGGCGAGACGGUGGUGAUCGCCCUCACGAUGAUAAUGGUGGUGAUUUCCGGACUCGCCUGCUGUGCCGGUAUCGGGGUCGUUUUUCUUUGUUUCGGCAUUCGAAACCUGUCGAACCGGAUCAAGAAGGUGAAGGAGACGACGAAGAAGAAGGCCAGUACCCCGGACGACGGCGGCGGGACGACCGAGGAGAACACGUUGGCCCCGCAGCUCCCC